AUGCCACACGGCGAAGAUAUCCUUGAGACACUUCGUUGUUCCAUUGGUUUAAUGGCUCUAGUUUACAUCUGUCGACUGUAUAUCAAACUGUCGACUUUUCCAUCGAUAAUUUUACCAUCUACUGCUCGAACACAUCUGAUAAAGCAAGCACUAAAUGAUCGUUACCACACCAGUCAUACCACCGAAGAUAUCAUGAUGGUGACAAACAUGAUCGAAAUAAACAAAGAUCUUAUUAAUCGAGUACUGUUACUGUCAGAUUUUGAACAAAAUACGAUCACGUUCGAUGUAAAUCAUAUUACAAUGGAUGUUCUAAAUGAUUUAAUCUUAUUUCCAUUCACCAACAUCUGUUUGAAUUGCACAAAAUCUCUUACAUCAUAUCGGUCCAAGUUAAUUCAUGUUAUUGGUUGUUUCAAAAUAGCUCGAGCAGUAGCUGUAACUGCUGAGUGUAAAACGUGCACACUAAUUUACAAUCAUUCGUCUUGGUACUCAUUAAAGAAUCGAUGGCGAAAGAUCAAUACUUCAUCAUUAAAUAGUGUACUCAAACCCAUUCCAUUAGCAAAAUUAUUUCAAUCUCAUUGGUUAUUAUAUCAGCUUGUACGUUUUGAAUUCAUGUUAGGACGGACUCAAUUAGUUAAUUUACCGGUCUCACUUAAUCGAAAUGAACUUAAUUAUCAUUUUGAAUGUUAUUCUGGUUGGUGGUAUCAUCUGUUCACUACAUUUUGGUCCAGACACAAGUCAAUUCCAAAUAUUAAGUGUUGUCCAUCAGAUUGUAGCCGAUGCAUUAUUGUGGAUGGCCAUCAGAAAUGUCGACGAUUAGUAUGCAGUUACAAAAACGUUGUCGAUAUUUCCAUUGAAGAAAUGACUGCAAUUGAGAUUGGUUGUCCAUAUACACCUUGCCGAAGAACACAUUCGUCCAAUUCAGUUGAUGCGGUUUAUUGUCGAUACCAUCAACCCUCAGUUCUUUUAUCGCCGUCUCUUACUUUACAAAAAGCUAGUGACAUGGCUGCUGAAUUCUCGAAACGAGAUAGAGAUUUUCUAUCAGAACAUAAAGCCCAAUGCCAAAAUUAUCGAAAUGAUAGCGAAGAGAUAAAAAAGAAUAAAACUUAUGGCAUAUUAGCAUCGUAUCAUCCAUGUGGAGUUGCAGUUGGCUUUACGGAAGCGAUCAAAGCUGAGGGGAUGCGAUCGGUGACUCGUCACCUUUUACUCAUGAUCAUUGGUGGUUGUCUUAUGCCAGAUGCACUCAUGUACGACUGUGCUUGCACAUUGAAGCUUCAUUGGAACAAAUGGCUAGGCACCGAUAUGCUGAAGACAUCAACAAUAACACAACAACUUCCAAUCCAUCUUGCUCUCGAUAACUUUCAUCCAAAGACACAUUCCAGACCGAUGUGCCAAACCAUUAUGAAAUCUGAUCACCCAUCACAUGAGGGACGAUUUGUUGGCCUAAACAGUCAAGCAGCUGAACAGGCAUUCCAAUACAUAUCACGUGCAAAAUUUGCACUACGCAAUUUUUCAUUCCCGCAUUCAACAGUAAUGCUAUUGAUCAUGUUGCAUCUGUUGAACUGUAAAAUAACCGGCAUCGACUCAGAAACAACCAGUUUGGGAUCUUUAUACUUUGGUGACAUAAUCAAGGGCUUUUUGCCACUCCAUGCGUGUAUGAACGCUUCGGCACGUUAA